AUGAAAAUGUCCCUGGACCAGCCUGACUUUUUCCACGGGACAAAGCAGAAAGUGAGGUUUGGAAGGUGCUGUGGGCCACUUGAAAACAGAGUAGAGUGUGCAAGUGUGUGUGCGUGUGUAUGUGAACAGGAAUCCAAGUCACUGCCACCACCCAGCAGGAGCCCGGAUCUCUGCUGCCAGCAACCAUCGCAGAGGUGGGGAGAAACCAAAGAUGUGGGCAGGAGAGAAACCCUACUGGCUUCGGCUCACCUCUGCCCACAACCCCCGGCUCUAGCAGGAGCAGCGCUGCCUCAGCGGCCAGGCACCCGGGCGGCAUGGGUGUGGAAAGCCAGUUCACCCAACAGCCCAGCUACUUCCUCAGCCCAGCUUCCACUUUCAAGCCACAGCUCCUGCGUGUGGGCAGCCGGUAGGCAGAGAGGGGCCAAGCCCUGCCACUGCCGCUCCACUGUCCCUGCCUGCUCAGACCCUGACCCUGAGGCCUCCCGUCCUCUGCCACGUGGCUUUCCUUCAGAAGCGCUAGCUCCUGUGCCCGUGGAGGAAAACAGACCCGGCGCAGGAAGAGCGGGUGGGCGCCAACCUCGGACUGCAGCAAAGUUGGGGAAGAAGCAGGUGGAAGGCUUUGGGUCCCUAGGUCGAGCAACACAGGCUGGGCUGGCCUGGAGACUGGACUGCCAAAGUAAACAACGCAUUGCCAAGAUCCUCCCCCUCACUUGCAGCGAGCACCCUUGUCCCACUGUUUGCCUCUUUCUGGAGCAGUUCUGGAAGUCCUAUUUCCUGAGUGUCUGUGAGAGGUGGGAUCAGAAACAGAGAGUACUGCUGCUGAGCAGCCCAUCUGACAGAAAGGCUGCUCCUGAAAAUAUUGCAGUGUGUCUGCAUCUGCCUUGCUCACUGGAUCUGGCGCUGCUUCCCCAGAGUCAAAAGGACCAUGAGAGAGAAAUGUUUCCAAUCACUUCAAAGCGUGGAGGCGGGCACGGCUGUGCCUCCGAAGAUUCUGGCGGGAGUGGGGGGGGGCGACUUCCAGACCUGUGCGGAAGGGGCAAGAAGCAUGUUGGGGGCGGAGCUAUUUUGAGGGGAUUAAACAGAAUACCUUUUAUUGUAUUAAAAAUGUUUAAAUUUCAAUGUGCUCUUUUUAGAUCAUACCAAGUAUGUGUGUACAAUUACUUGCCACCUACCACUUUUAUUUUUACCACCAGUAGCAGCACAUUGCUACAGUUUGUGCCUUCCCCUUUCCUCCUCUAUCAUAAUGUAGCCAGCAGAAUAAUGCCCCCCAAACAGGUUCACAUCCUGAUCCCUGGAACUGGAGAACUGUUACCUUAAUGGCAAAAAGGACUCCACAGAUCCAAUUAA